UCUCUUAUUGAGAGACGACAAUGUUUAAUAAAAAGAAAACACAGUCACUACAAUUCUCCGAUUGUCAAUAAAUAACACCAAACUCACGUUUUUUUGUAAUCAAACGCUGUCGUUUUAAGCAUAACGUCUCGCUUCAAUGGAGACAUGGUGUAGAGGAAUUUCAAUAGUAUAUACAUUGUUUAUACUUCAUUUUGUUUUGAUUUGCCAGCUUUUACUUCUUCAGCCUCUUGUUUCUGCUUCAGAGGGUAAAGGUGGUAAUUCUGCAUCGGAGUUGUUUAAAAAAGUGGAUGAAAGUGUAAAAGUGAAGCGUUAUAGCGACGCUAUUGAUGAUCUUAAUGCUGCAAUUGAAGCGGAUCCGUCGCUAUCUGAGGCUUAUUUUCGUCGCGCUUCUAUUCUUCGUCACCUUUGCAGAUAUGAAGAAUCAGAAAAUAAUUAUAAGAAGUUUUUGGAGUUAAAACCGAAGCAUUCGACAGCGGAAAAGGAGCUGUCUCAAUUGCAUCAGGCUAAGACUGCUCUGGAUACUGCUUUUUCUCUUUUUGAUUCGGAGGGUUAUACGAAAUCUCUCGAAUAUGUUGAUAAAGUUGUACUUGUUUUUUCUCCGGCUUGCUCAAAGGCCAAGCUCUUAAAGGUUAGAUUAUUGUUAGCACUUAAAGAUUAUUCUGCCGUUAUCUCCGAAAGUGGAUUUAUUCUCAAGGAAGAUGAAAAUAACUUAGAUGCUUUAUUGCUUCGUGGGCGUGCCUACUAUUAUUUAGCUGAUCAUGAUGUUGCCUCAAAGCAUUACCAAAAGGGUCUGCGUUCUGAUCCAGAACAUAGCGAGCUGAAAAAAGCGUAUUUUGGUUUGAAAAAUUUACUCAAGAAGACUAAACUUGCAGAGGAUAAUGCAAGUAAAGGUAAGCUGCGUGUUGCAGUAGAAGACUAUAAAGCAGCUCUUGCAUUGGACCCGAAUCAUCUGGCAUAUAAUGUUCAUCUCCAUCUAGGCUUGUGUAAGUUAUUGGUCAAACUUGGUAGAGGUAAAGAUGCUUUGGAUAGCUGCAAUGAAGCACUUAACAUUGAUGGGGAGCUUCUUGAAGCUUUAGUUCAGAGGGGUGAAGCUAAACUCUUAACCGAGGAUUAUGAAGGCGCCAUUGAAGAUCUAAAAUCAGCAGCUCAGCAAUCACCUCAGGAUAUGAACAUACGGGAAGCUUACAUGAGAGCAGAGAAAGCAUUAAAGAUGAGCAAACGACAAGAUUGGUACAAGAUUUUGGGAGUAUCAAAAACUUCCUCUAUAGCUGACAUCAAGCGUGCCUACAAGAAACUUGCUUUGCAAUGGCACCCAGAUAAGAAUGUUGAUAAAAGAGAGGAAGCAGAGGCAAAGUUCAGGGAAAUUGCUGCAGCUUAUGAGGUUCUUGGAGACGAAGAUAAGCGUACUAGAUAUGAUAGAGGAGAAGACUUGGAAGAAAUGGGAAUGGGUGGUGGUGGCGGUGGCGGCGGUGGUGGUUUCAACUUUGGUGGUGAGGGUCAACAAUAUUCCUUUCAUUUUGAAGGAGGGGGCUUUCCUGGGGGAUUUGGUGGUUUUGAUGGAGGCUUUCCUGGUGGCGGUGGUGGCGGUUUUCAGUACAAUUUUUGAUUUCAGUGAAGCAUGGGAUUUUCUUCUCGUGAUUUUGUUCUAACUCUAAUAUCACUAACACUGACAGGUAUAACUUAGGCAAUUGAAAGAGGCUUUUUAGAAGCUGAUUGAUGUAUCUUUUGCUCCCCGAACAUUCCAAACCCUGGAAUUUGUAUUUGGUUCAUAAAGGAAAUUGAUGAGUUUAUUCAUUUAUACAUUUCAAUUUGCUCCA